AUGCGAAUCCGCUUCUCUUUUGCAAGCAAGUCUACCAACCCUGUGUAUCCUUCUCGACUGCUAACUUGUUCGACAGUUGCCUUUAUAAUCCUCCUCCUCUUCGCAUCCUCCCUCGGCCUGCUCCCUCAUUCCUCGCUGCCUUCUACCCCUGCGGCGGCGCAACCCUACAUCCCAGCCCAGUCGGACAAGGCAGUACACUUCCUGGUCUUCUUUGCGCUCACGGCAACCUUCUAUUUUAUCCUCGACACCAGCCGUCGGCGUGUCAUCCAUUUGACACUGAUUGUGUGCACUUUGUCGCUCGGCGUGGGUAGCGAAGUGGCCCAAGGUCUGUUGCCCAACGACCGCGAGUUCGACGCCUGGGAUGUCCUCGCGAACGUCAUAGGCAGCCUGGCAGCGCUGGGUCUCUGCAGUGCAUACCACCGUCGAUCGGCAGAAAGACGCCGGAUGGCCAAGUACUCCGCUCUCCCGACCGACGGUGUGGAAGGAGAAGAUCUCGAGCUAGGUGAGCGUAGCGGGGGCGACGAACUCGGCCGACCUUCACGAUCUGCGGACGAUGGCCAGGAGACUGGUGUCGUGGCUCGCAGCGUCGAGGACGAGCUGGACAACUGGGAUGAAAAUGCCCCCGAUGAACAAUGGGAUGAGGAUGACGACGUGACGACGAGCCAACACACAAAGGCUACUCCCUCAACGAGCUCCGUCGGCAGCGAAGAGCCAUCUAAAAAGAAGGCCGUGGACUGA